CCUUCGCAGAAGGGCUUCUUAGUCGUCACUAACAGUGCGGUAUGAGAGCUCUCACCUCCGAAUCUCUUGCUUCCAGCCGCUCUCACUGUCAACGCCCACCCGAUCAAGACACGGCGGCCUUUGAAUAAUACCCCCGGCUUGCCUGACUCGCAUUCGCGUGUCUUCCUAUUCGAUUGCGCUUGUGGACAGCUCUCGAUUUUGAGUACGGCGCGCUGCAUCUUCCCCGCAGUCUGUGUGGGAUUCAUUCGUCGGUUACUGACCCCUGUGACAGUGACACUAUAGCGCGUCAUCCGAGUAUCGAUUGCACUCUCUGACCUACAGAAGGCGCUGCGCUCGUGUGAGUCUUGUCGACAUCCCAAGCCACAACACCCAAUUCCUCGAUGGCCUCACCACAGGGAGGCUAUCCUCCUCAGGAAGGCUACGGCCAGGCGCCAGCUCAACCCCCAGCACCCGCCCCAGCUCCCUCAGCCGGCGGAAAGAAGAAACGUGCCUAUGCUGGACAAGCAUAUGAAUUUGGUUCUGGUGCGAAUGCGGCUCUUGGAGGACAACAACAAGGUGGUGGCAACUAUGGUGCCUAUGCUGCCCAGGCGGCCGCUGCUGGAUAUUCACCAUCUGGUUUUGCAACAGACCCCGGUGCUGCAUAUGUUUCGCCUCAACCUGCAGCUCCGGUUGUUGGAGGCUACCAAGCGCCUGCUCCUGGAUACCCAGGCCCUGGGGAUGCUGGCGUGGCUCAAGUAACCCAGCAGUUUGGUCAGAUGGGUGUGGCUGAUCCGCACCAGCAACCACAGCAAGUUCCAAGAGCAGUCCCUCUGAACCAGCUCUACCCAACCGACCUUCUCACUCAACCUUUCAAUGUCGCUGAGCUGGACUAUCCACCUCCUCCAAUCAUUCUACCUCCAAACACAAGUGUCUAUCCUUCGCCUUAUGCCAACUGUCCGCCCAAAUAUGUGCGAUCGACUCUCAAUGCCGUCCCAACCAAUCACUCGCUUCUCAAGAAGUCGAAACUUCCAUUUGCCCUUGUUAUCCAGCCAUAUGCCACGCUACAUGAUGUUGAAGAUAACGUUCCAGUUAUUCCUGACCAGGUCAUCUCUCGAUGCAGACGUUGCCGGUCAUACAUUAACCCAUUUGUUUCCUUCUUGGACCAAGGCCAUCGGUGGCGUUGCAACAUGUGCAACUUGACAAACGAUGUACCUCAGGCAUUUGAUUGGGAUACCACUCUACAGAAACCAGCAGAUCGCUCGCAGCGUCCAGAGUUGAACUACUCUGUUGUAGAGUUUGUUGCUCCACAGGAGUACAUGGUCCGUCCGCCGCAGCCAUUGGUCUACUUGUUCUUGAUCGAUGUCAGCUACGCCUCGGUGACGAAUGGCCUCCUUGCAACGGCCGCCCGAUGCAUCAAAGAAAGUUUGGACAGGAUCCCCAAUGCAGACAGAAGGACACGACUUGGUUUCUUGGCAGUCGACUCCAGCCUCCAUUACUUUACUAUUCCUCGAGAUGGAUCAGAAAACUCCGACCCGAGGAUGUUAGUUGUCAGUGACUUGGAUGAGCCUUUCCUGCCAAUUCCAGGUGAUCUCCUGGUGACCUUGAGCGAGUGCCGUGAGAACAUUGAGACUUUCCUCGACAAAUUGCAAGAUAUGUUCCAGAACACUCAGAGUGGUGGUUGUGCUAUGGGAUCUGCUCUCCGAGCGGGUUACAAGCUGAUUUCUCAUGUUGGCGGAAAGAUUACGGUGUUAUCAUCUUCAUUGCCUAACAUUGGACAUGGCGCACUUACGGUUCGUGAAGAUAAGAAGCUUCUAGGUACCAGCAAGGAGAGUAGCCUAUUGCAAACUGGAAACAGCUUUUACAAGAGCUUUGCGGUUGAGUGCUCUAAGGCCCAAGUAUCCGUUGACAUGUUCCUGUUCUCGUCACAAUACCAAGAUGUUGCUUCCCUCAGCAAUCUGCCACGAUAUACUGGUGGUCAGACGUAUUUCUACCCCGGAUGGAACGCUGCUCGUACGGAAGAUGCUAUCAAGUUCGCUCGAGAAUUCUCGGAUUAUCUCUCUUCCGAAAUUGGAUUGGAAGCUGUGCUGCGUGUGCGUGCCACCACUGGUCUACGCAUGAACACAUUCUACGGAAACUUCUUUAACCGUAGUUCGGACCUUUGUGCAUUUCCUGCGUUCCCUCGUGACCAAGCUUAUGUGGUGGAGGUUGCCAUUGAUGAAACUGUUACUAAGCCAGUUGUCUGCUUGCAGACAGCUGUUUUGCACACUACAUGCAAUGGCGAGCGCAGGAUCCGAGUCCUGACAUUGGCAUUGCCGACCACCCAAAACCUGGCAGAUCUCUACGCAUCGGCCGACCAGCAGGCAAUUACUACUUACUUCAGCCACAAGGCGGUUGAACGUGUCCUGUCCAGCGGAUUGGAGCCUGCACGCGAAGCUGUCCAGUCGAAGAUUGUUGAGCUUCUUUCGACGUACCGCAAGGAGCUUGCUGGUGGCAGCGUUGGAGGCGGUGGUCUACAGUUCCCUGCUAAUAUGAGAGGGUUGCCUGUGCUGUUCCUCGCGUUGAUCAAGAAUCUUGGCCUCCGCAAAUCAGCACAGAUCCCUACCGACAUGCGGUCAGCGGCUCUCUGUCUACUCUCUACAUUACCGUUGAACCUUCUGAUUCAGUACAUCUACCCGAAGAUGUAUUCUCUUCACGACAUGCCAGACGAUGCUGGUCUGCCAAAUGAGCAGAGCGGCGAAAUCGUUCUCCCGCCGCCGGUCAACCUGUCAUCAGAACGCCUGGUGCCGUACGGUCUCUAUCUGAUUGAUGACGGCCAGACGCAGUUCUUGUGGGUGGGACGUGACACGGUUCCGCAGCUGUUGGUGGAUGUAUUCGGGGUUGCUGACAGAGCGCAGUUGCGGGUGGGCAAGCAAUUCCUGCCUGAGCUGGACAAUGACUUCAACGAGCGCGUGCGGGCGAUUGUUCAGAAAAGCAAAGACCACAAGGCAAAAGGGGUGGGCAGCAUCAUCUCGCCUCAGCUGUACAUUGUCAAGGAGGACGGGGAGCCUGGGUUGCGGCUGUGGGCGCAGACCAUGCUGGUCGAGGACCGCACCGACCAGAGCGCCAGUCUGCAGCAGUUCAUGGGCUCGCUGCGAGAUAAGGUUGUGCAGUAGUUAAUGGCGAAUACAAGUGUUUAUUAUUAGAUAUGUAGCGUCGAGCAUUCGUAUUCUUAUUCUUAUUCCACCAUCCCUGCGCCUGGUAAUCCUGGUCCUCCACUGGCACCGUGUCGCAGCCGGACUGAAUGUUUCGCGCCAAGGGGAGCAAUGUGAUUAGCUGCUUCACAACCGUUUCCAGUUUCCGACGUGUGUGUAAACAUAGCCCUCGUAGGUUUAAUUAUGUCGCAGCAGCAGACGCCACUAAUGUUUGAGAAGGCAAACUGUGGAG